UGGCACCUGGCACUUGGUGGCAGUCGAUUUGACUGCACCACUAUCACCAUUUCUCACUGGAGUUGUGCACGCAAGCGGGCUCAGCUUUGCUAUAAUGUCCUUUUGAUUGCUGUAACUUGUUUGACAUUUUGUAGGAAAAGGUAAAAGUGGAAGUUUUACCAACCACUCCCCAAGAAAAUGGCAGAAUCCAAAAAUGAUAAACAGAUCAAGGCUCAUUUGAUAAUGAGAGGAACGCACGAGGUGGAAGAAAACUGUUUGGAAGGCGGUGGCUGCGUUUCUUUCAUUAAUUGCAGAAAGAAUCCUGGCCAUACUGGGUUCAUACCAGUCUAUGAGUUUAGUGAAAUUAACGUGAGAUCGUGGAUACCUAAUGUGGAACAGUCAACUGUGAACGGGAUAGUUGAGUAUGUGGAGUGUUGUGCAGAUUUAGUUGUCAGGAUCGGAGUUCCCUUCAUUAGCAGCCAGCGGCCAGAGACUGCAGCUGACGGCAAAACUUACCCCUUUGGUAAUAAAAGAGGCCAACGUCUCAAUAUUGUCGGCAGUGGUUUUGUGAACCAAGUGUAUGGUCGAGAUGAUGGACUUAAUAAACCCUGUAAGUGUGGGAAGUGUCCACGGGGGACGGCUGAGGAAAACAGGUACUGGAAAAUUGAAGUUGCCACUGCACGUCAUGUGGUUUAUGAUGACAGUGAGGCCAGAGGGUGUAAGGUUGUGUUCUUCGAUGAUCACCCUGACGGCAGUGGCAGUGUGACACUGACUGGGGGCGGGGGUUUAGAGUGUGCCGACACAGAGAACGACAAAUGCCUGCUGAUGUAUUACACCCAUGACAGAGUCCUGGCUCAAAGACUGGAGUAUCUCUGUAACAGGCGAAGGGAGGUACUGCGGAGGUGGUUUGACUUGACCCGAAUGGUAAAGAAGAGAGAUUAUAACGAUUUGCCCCAAAGUGUCUUCACAGUCCCAAGUAUUGUCAUCUCGCAUCCACACGGAAGAAUGAAGUACAUCACCCUAGGGCACAGUGACCCUGAGAGUCUAACUGGUGCACUUCGUGGUGAGCCUUUCACCUACAAUGCUGCCACUUGUCCAGGCAGCAGUGGUGGCUUUGUCCUGCCACUGGCUGAUCUGUGCUACAGUUUCUGGGCCAAACCUCACAGUUCCUCACUAUCUGGGAACCACGGCUGUAGUGGUGGGGGUAUCUUUUGUUAUUGUUGAUAUUUGAACAAACCCCUAUUCCUCAGAAUGUAUACCCACAGCUGUACACAAACACACGCACACACAGACUCUCAUACACACGCACAAACACUCUCACUCAGAAACAUACACAU